ACACACGGCUCGAAGCGAGCUUUCACCAUCUGCUCGACUUCGGAGAUAUUUUAAUUUAGUUGUUUGUUUCUUUCUGUCUGCAGGAUGAGAUGGAGGACUGCAGAGCUGAAUUAAAACUUCUGCUUAUCAUCUUAUAUGUUGUUCAUCUUUCAUCAUCGGACACACACUCUCUAGAGUACCACUACACCGUCAAUGGGCAUUCCACUGCUGUGGGUUUGGUGGAUGGAGAGCAGGUUGUGUCCUAUGACAGCAACAUCAGGAAGAUGAUCCCAAAGACGGAGUGGAUGAAGAAGAUUGAAGUUAAUGAUCCGCGUUACUGGGACAGAGAGACACAGCGUAUGAAGGUUCAGCAGGACGAGUUCCAAGCCUUUAUGUAUCUAACAAAGCAGAGAUUUAAUCACACUAAAGGAGAUCAUAUAGUACAAAGGAUCUCCGGCUGUGAGCGUGAUGAUGAUGUCACCACUAGAGGAUACGAUCAGUACAGUUAUGAUGGAGAAGAUUUCAUCAGUCUGGAUCUGAGAACUGGAACCUGGACUGCAGCUAAUGAUAAAGCUGAGAGAUUUAUAAACGACUGGGAUCCUAAAGGCACUAAGGCUGAAUACUGGAAGGAUUUCCUGGAGACUGACUGUAUUCAUCAGUUAAAGAAGUUUGUGUCUCUGCAGAGGAAAGUUUGUCCCGAGGUGUCCAUGUUCCAUAGACACUCGUCUCCUUCUCCAGAGGUGGUGUGUCACGCUACAGGUUUCCUCCCCAAACCACUAAAUAUCACCUGGCAGAAGGACGGAGAGGACGUACGUGAGGACGUGGAGCUCAGAGAAACGUUACCCAACCAGGAUGGAAGCUUCCAGAAGAGAAGCAUUCUGAAAGUCCCAGCUGAGGAGCUGCAGAAACACACCUACACCUGCGUGGUUCAGCACAGCAGCUUGGAAAAGGAGAUUCGAAUAGACGUACCAAAAGGAUCAGAUUUAGGAUCAGAUGCAGCACAAAUUCCUAUCCUUGCUCUCAUGUUACCUGUCGCUCUCAUCUUUUUCGUCCUCUAUGGUAUAAUUUUGGUCUGGAAGAAGAACUCUGGUGAGAGGAGGAAGGAGGCAGAUGUGAAGUUUUCAGACAACAGAUUUACACUUUCUAAUUCAUCCCUUAGACCUGUUCCACCCAAACUCUGUAAGUGA